AUGGACGCCAUGCAUGGCGUCAAGGCGCGACCUACUAAAAUUAUGACAAAUCAAUUGGAAUACAUUAAGAAGCAUGUUGUGACGGCGCUUCAGAAGGAUCAGUUGGUUUGGCCAUUUCUUAAACCAGUGGAUCAUCAGAAGCUCAACCUUCCAGAUUAUCCGAAAAUUAUCAAACAUCCGAUGGACCUCGGCACGAUCAAACAGAGGCUCAACUUAAAAUUUUACAAAUGUGCAUCUGAGUGCCUGGAUGACAUUUUCACGAUGUUUCGCAAUUGCUAUAUCUUCAACAAGCCCGGUGACGAUACGAUGAAACGGAAGCCAGAUCAGUCGAUAAUUGACGAGUCCCCGUCAACUCCGCACUCACUGGAUGGAUCACGGGAGCGCCGUCAGUCGAAGAAAGUGAAAGUUGAGGAACGGGUGAUCGGAAAACGUCCCCGUCUCAGCGAACCGCUGAAACAGUGCAGCAAUUUACUGAAGGAAAUAUCGUCUGCAAGAUACAGGCAUUUAAACCAGCUUUUCCUGAAACCGGUAGAUGUGGAGGGCCUGGCAUUGCAUGACUACCAUGAUAUAAUCACUCACCCAAUGGACCUCAGCACUGUGCGUUCGAAACUAGACAGUGGCGUUUAUGUAAACAAAAAUGAGUUUGCAGCGGAUAUACGGCUUAUGUUUGCGAACUGUUAUAAGUACAACGGCGAGGACAGUGAGGUCGCUAAUGUCGGCCGCAUGUUACAAGGCAUUUUCGAAGAGCAGUUUGCGAAAAUCUCAGAUGAUGAUGUCGAAAUUAACCAUGCCGUCGAUUGCCGUACCCCUGAGGGUCUACAACAGCUCCUACAGGCGGCCGUGAAGGACCAUCAGCGACUUAUUUCGCAAUUUACAAAAUUUGGGGAGGACUUGCAGAGGUCUGCAGAGACUCUGAAUUCCAUCCUCUCUUGCUUGAGUGCCUCUAGCGAUCAGAUGUCCCCGAAGCUGCCUAAGAAAGUAGCUCAUCCUCCAGCUUACGGAGCGCAGUUUGCCACUCAUGUCAACGCUGGUGCUGUUUUCGGAAAUUCACGACUCGGUGUCCCCGAACCUUAUGAAGAAGUCAACAACAGAGCCCAAAAUGCGGUUGCCUAUCCACCUGCAGGUCCGGCUGCGGGCGUACCCCAGACUGGGCCCUCGACCCAACUGGCUCCCGCUAUCGCUACGGCUCAAAAUACCUUACCGAUGCCUUGCUAUACCACGGACGAGGAAUUUUCCACUGAAGCCAGUGUCCGCCCAAUGACGUACGAUGAGAAGCGCCAGCUUAGUCUUGAUAUAAAUAAACUCCCUGGAGAGAAACUGGGUCGCGUUGUACAAAUUAUACAACAGCGGGAGCCUUCUCACAGGGAUUGCAAUCCCGAUGAGAUAGAGAUUGACUUCGAAACGUUGCAGCACUCUACUCUUCGCGAGCUUGAACGUUACGUAACGUCUGUCCUUCAGAAGGCAAAAUCAAGCGCACGGAAGUACAUGAAAAAGAGUAGCACUGGAGCAGCUCCGUCCAAAUCUCGUGAAGAAUCGAUGAAAAAGAAAGAGGAGGAGCUAGAGUCGCGUCUGCGACAGAUUGGCGGAAUGCCCAUGAACGCAAGUGGUUAUCAUCCUAUGCAGCAAGGAAAGAAAAAUCAGUCUUCUAACCGGUUGAGUGCCUCUUCAAGUUCGUGUGACUCCGAAUCUACUACAGGCUCAAGUGAGAGUGACUCCUCUGACUCUAAAGCGGAUAGCGACGGGAAGGGCCACAGAAAAUCUCCGGCUCAGGAGGCUCAUGCGGUCGCACGUUCUUCAGCAGCAGGUAUGGGUGUCGAGUACGACUUACAACCACGCAACCGUUCAGGUGGUCCCGACUCGGUUCGCGCAGAAAUAGGCGCCUCCCGCGCUCCCGAUGACGGCACUCGUUCCGUAAGCAUGGCCUCUUGUACCCUCUCUAGAGAAGCUCCUCAAAACGCUGCCAUAGAGGAGCGCAAAAUUGUGCCUCCUGCAGCGGAGGAUUCUUCUGACUCGGAAUCGGAGACAGAAACCACUGACCAUUUCCCCCAACCUGUUUGGGCCAGUUCCGCAUCGCAAUCCAUGCCUGAUCUCUCGUCCACCGCAAUGGGUACCUCGAGUUCUUUUUCCGUGACCAUGGAAACCGCUCCAGGGGAGCAAAAAUCACAUAAAGAGUAUCUGGAAAAACAGGCUGCGGCCGCUCAGAUUAUGCUCGAGGCAAAGCGGCAGUCUCAGUGGACGUCGAGAGCUGCUGAGGAACGCGCUGCCAGGGAGCGUGAGGAGGCGGAACGUCGUCGACGUGAACAAGAUCAAGCUCGAGAGGCAGAACGAAGGAAAGAAAACGAAGCUAAGCGUGAGGAAGCUGAAAGGCGGAAGAAUAUUGAACUGAGAAAGCGGGAGGAUAGGCUUGCUCGUGGGGCGAUGCCGGCGCCGCCUGAGCGAUUAAAUGCCCACGAACUUCUUACCGAAUUCGAGUCAACGAUUGACGUUUCCUAUAUUGACGCCUGUUUUGCGAUGCGCCAGUGCAAUUAA